UCUGGGCACUCACAGUCGAAAAAAAACCAUCGAACGACUUGGACGCGCAUCUUUGAAACGGAUCUCGGAACGCCGUGGGAGUCGGAAAGUCGGAAAAUCGCUGGACGCGUGUUCGCUGCGCUUGUGUGCGUGCGUGUGUGUGGGUGUGCAGCGGUGAGCAAGCAUAAAUAAAUAAAUCGCCAAGCCAGGCUUAUGAAAUGUGCGCUAAUCUAAUAAAUUGCCCCCGUUUUUGGCCAAUUGAGAGUUGCGGCUAAACAGAAAAAUCGACGGAAAUUCAAAAAUAUACAAUCCAGUGAAUAAACAAAGAAAAUCAUAAAAAAGUUCGUUUUUUAAUUUUAUUUUUAAUUUUUUUAACGAGAAAAUAUUGGAAACAAAACAGAAAUACAAGAAAAAGUGUACGUGACAAGAGCUCGAUAAAAGUGCACAAAAAAUAACGAAAAUAAUUCGUGCGUGCGAAAAAGUGCUGCGAAGUUUUAUGGCCCAUGCCAAAAGUGCUAAAUUUGUAAAUGGCAUGGAAAGUGCAAAGCUCUGAUUAAAAAGCCGCGAAGAGUGAAGCGCGACUUAGGUGCUCCAAACGCAACAAACUACUGCCAAAAGGAAAUUAUUUAAACAAUACAACGACCUCCGAACAAACUAAGCAAACAGAAAUUUGUGCUAAUUCUGUUUAAUCGACACCAUCCACGUUGGAUCCCCAUCGCAUAUAAUGUCAUCAAAAUGUGCUUUCAAGAUUGCAUUCGUAUCGAUCAUUUUCAUCAUCAUCGUAAAUGGUUACGCAAAAGAUAUUUCUGGAGUUAAAAGAGGUCAUGAACGACUUAACGAAUACAUAUCCCACUAUGAAACACUCAACUAUGAUCAUGAGCACAUCCGAGCUAGUCACAACAGAGCGCGACGAUCAGUGACCAAAGAUCAUUAUGUACAUUUAAAGUUUGCAUCACAUGGAAGAGACUUCCAUCUUAGACUAAAACGUGAUUUAAAUACAUUUAGCAAUAAGUUAGACUUUUAUGAUAGCAAAGGUCCCAUUGAUGUCUCCACGGAUCAUAUCUAUGAGGGCGAAGUGAUAGGGGAUCGUAAUAGUUAUGUAUUUGGUUCCAUACACAACGGGGUAUUCGAGGGUAAAAUUAUAACGGAACGUGAUGCCUAUUAUGUUGAACAUGCCAAACAUUAUUUCCCCACAAAUCGCACGGCGACAACACCACCAACUCCGACAACAACAUCCUACUCGUCAACAACGGCGGCUCCACAGAGCAGCACCACAAAGAACACACAACACACGCGGCCUUUGGCCCGACGCAAUAACAACAAUAGCUACAACAACAGGACUGCCGUUGAUAGUAAGACAGAAAACUUCAUAAAGAAAAUUGCUGAAUCCACAACGACGACGACCCAGCAGCUCCCAGAGCAUUCCGACCCGUCGUCGUCGUCGUCGUCGACAACAUUCCCACCCACAACAACGGAAAAUUCCGAGGACGAGCAGGAGCAGAAGCAUAAUGCCGAGGACGAACUUGAUUUUCACUCCAUUAUCUACAAGGAGUCACAUGUCGAGGACGCCUACGAAAAUGUGCGCGAAGGUCACGUGGCCGGCUGUGGCAUCACGGAUGAGGUCUCUCAGUGGAUGGAGAACAUACAAAAUUCAGCCGUCGAAGAGUUGCCGGAGCCCAUGUCAAAGGACUACCAAAAGCUCCACCGGAAGCAGCUGCACAAAAAGUCCGCCCCACAGCAGCAGCAGCAACAACAACAACAGCAGCAACAGCAGCCCCAUCCGCCCAAGAAAUAUAUCGGAGGCGAUGAGGACUUCAAGUAUCCCCAUCAGAAGUACACGAAAGAGGCGAACUUCGCCGAGGGUGUAUUCUACGAUCCAUCGACCGGACGUCGCCUGGGUUCAUCCGCCAACGUGGCCGACUGGCAUCAGCUCGUCCACGAGCGAGUGCGCCGUGCCACCGACGGCGGAGGAGGAGGCGGGUCCGGGGGCUCAUCCGGCGGACCUGGACGCGGUCGCGAGGACAACAAGAAUACCUGCUCGCUCUACAUUCAAACGGAUCCAUUGAUUUGGCGCCACAUACGCGAAGGCAUUGCCGAUCAUGAUCGUGGACGAAAGUACGAGGUGGAUGUGAAAACGCGCGAGGAAAUUACAUCGCUGAUUGCACAUCACGUGACGGCCGUUAAUUACAUUUACCGCAACACAAAGUUCGACGGACGCACCGAGCAUCGCAACAUACGCUUUGAGGUGCAACGCAUUAAGAUCGAUGACGAUUCGGCCUGUCGAAAUUCCUAUAAUGGCCCACACAACGCCUUUUGCAAUGAGCAUAUGGAUGUCUCGAACUUUUUGAAUCUCCAUUCCCUAGAAGAUCACUCGGACUUUUGUCUGGCCUAUGUUUUUACCUACAGAGAUUUCACGGGCGGCACUUUGGGUCUGGCCUGGGUGGCGAGUGCUUCGGGAGCCUCUGGUGGAAUUUGCGAGAAAUAUAAGACUUAUACGGAAACGGUGGCCGGACAUUAUCAAAGCACAAAGCGAUCCCUCAACACGGGAAUCAUCACCUUUGUUAACUAUAAUAGUAGAGUGCCACCGAAGGUAUCGCAGUUGACAUUGGCCCACGAGAUUGGACAUAACUUUGGAUCCCCUCAUGACUAUCCGCAGGAGUGUCGUCCUGGUGGUCUUAACGGCAACUAUAUUAUGUUUGCCAGUGCCACCUCCGGUGAUCGACCAAAUAACUCAAAGUUUUCGCCCUGCUCCAUACGGAAUAUCUCCAAUGUCCUCGAUGUGCUGGUCGGAAAUACGAAGCGGGAUUGCUUCAAGGCCUCCGAGGGAGCCUUCUGCGGCAACAAGAUCGUGGAGUCCGGCGAAGAAUGCGACUGCGGCUUCAACGAAGAGGAGUGCAAGGAUAAGUGCUGCUAUCCGCGUCUGAUCAGCGAGUACGAUCAGUCGCUGAACUCCAGUGCCAAGGGCUGCACACGACGUGCCAAGACGCAGUGUUCGCCGUCGCAGGGUCCCUGCUGUUUGUCCAGUUCCUGCGCCUUCGUGCCCACCAGCUACCAUCAGAAGUGCAAGGAGGAGACGGAGUGCAGCUGGUCGAGCACCUGCAAUGGAACCACGGCCGAAUGUCCGGAGCCACGGCAUCGGGAUGACAAGACGAUGUGCAACAAUGGCACUGCGCUAUGCAUGCGUGGUGAAUGCAGUGGAUCACCUUGCCUGCUCUGGAACAUGACCAAGUGUUUCCUCACCUCGUCCACGCUGCCGCAUGUCAACAAGCGCAAACUCUGCGACUUGGCCUGCCAGGAUGGCAAUGAUACCAGCACCUGUCGCAGCACCAGCGAGUUUGCCGAGAAGUACAACAUACAAAAGGGUGGCAUUAGUCUGCAGCCAGGAUCGCCUUGUGAUAAUUUUCAGGGCUACUGUGAUGUGUUUCUCAAGUGUCGAGCCGUGGACGCCGAUGGUCCGCUGGUGCGGCUGAAGAAUCUGCUGCUCAAUCGCGAGACCCUGCAGACUGUGGCCGAAUGGAUCGUGGACAACUGGUAUUUGGUUGUCCUAAUGGGCGUGGCGUUCAUCGUGGUUAUGGGAGCCUUCAUCAAGUGCUGUGCCGUGCACACGCCCAGUUCGAAUCCAAAGAAGCGGCGGGCUCGUCGCAUCAGUGAGACCUUGCGAGCUCCCAUGAACACGUUGCGUAGAAUGCAACGACAUCCCAAUCAGCGGGGAGCAGGACCUCGAAGCAUUCCACCGCCGGCGCACGAGGCGCAGCACUAUCCACGCAGCGGUGGAGGAGGAGGCGGAGGAGGAGGAGGCGGCGGCGGCGGAGGUGGUGGUCGCCAUGGUGGCUCUCGGUCGCACCACCAAGGAUCGCAUCCGCACGAUUGGGAUCGCCAGCAGGGCGGUCACUCAGUUGUGCCACUGCCCACCGGCGGCAGUCACGCCAGUCGAAAUUCGGCAGCGAAUCAGGCGAGAAGGAGCGAUGGUCGCGGCACACGCUCCACCAGCAGUGGAAGACCACAGGCGGCCGGCAGUGGAGGCGGUGCAGUCAGCAGCAGCGGAGCAGCGCGAUCACAUGGCGGCGGCGGGUAUGGAGCCGAACAGACGAUACCGGGUUCCAUUGGUGGUGGUGUGCAGGCGGCCAUUAGCAGCGGCGGUGUAGUGGCUCGCGCCCAACUGCCGCUGCCAUUGCCACCGCCAAAUGCACAGCAGCAAUUGCAACAGCAACAGCACCAACAACAACAACACAUACAACUACAGCAACCGGCAUUAUCGCCGCAGCAGCAACCGCAGCAAGCGUUCUACGCGCCGAAAGGCGUCGCGCCGCCGCCGCUACAAGUAAGCUUUAGUCGGCCGACAUCGUUGCACGAGCAACAGCAGCAGCAACACCAUCUGCAGCAGCAGCAACAACUGGAGCCGCAGCAGCAACACGCCUACGCCGAUGCCUAUGCGGCCUUGGGGCGGGGCCAAUAUGAAUCCACUACGCGGGCGCCCAACAAUAGCAAAGUUUGACAGCCAAAAGUGGCAAUGGAGCGCCAUAAAAGGCCAAAGGCUAAGCGACUCAAGCAGCAGCAACAGCAGCAACAACAACAACAUCAACAGCAAACAACACAGCCCAAACAGCAACAAAAGCAAAAACAACAUAAAUCAAAUGAACUCAAAUUAAAUGUAAAUGUAAUUUUUAUGCUAAUUAUUUUUAUUUAAGCAAUGUUUGUAUGCCACAUAGGAAAACCGCCAGAAAAAAAAAACACAAAAAAAAAGAUGCAGACAAACUUCAUAAAACAGAAAAA